CCUUAUUCCAUAACCUUGAAACACGAUACCCAGUUCGCCCUUUUUUCGACCGCGGAUAAAUUCAUGGCUGUAUUGGUUACGGUGAUUCGAGGGUUGGUACUGUGUUGAAAACGGUGUGAUUUCUGUUUCCCGAUUAUCGCGAUCUCCAUCCGCACCAUGUCCGACCAGGGGAAGCUGACCGGCAAACUGGCCGUGGCCCUCUUCGCUUCCACCUUCGGCACCUGGUUCCCGCACGGCCUUAGCGUCUCCGCCCUCAACGGGCCCCAGAACAUCGUCCUCAACUGGAUCCGCUCCGUCAAGUGCGUCCGCUGGGGCGGCCAGUUCGCCGGCAAUUACACCAACAACACCGACCUCCACGAUCCCAACCACUACUUGUGGUGCCGGACCAUCCCUCAAGCCGAGGAAAAAUCCCUGAAGCAGAACUACGAACUGUACACCCUGUGGGCGCUGUGCUCGUCCAUGCUGUGUGUCGGCGCCCUGAUCGGCACCCUCCUAACCAACCUCUUCAUCCACGGACUGGGCAUCAAAAAGUCACUGAUGCUGGGCGCCGUCAUUCUCCUGGCCGGGUGUGUCCUGUGUUCCUUCGGCCCGACCGCUGGUUCAUGGGAGCUGUUUCUAUUGGGACGGAUCGUCAUCGGACUGGGCACGGGCCUGGUUACCGUGGUCACGCCUAUCUACACCUCGGAGAUCACCCCUGCGAAAUUGCGCGGUGCCGCCGGGACCCUGCCGCCGGUGAUGUACGUCCUGGGCCUGAUCGUCACCACCGCCAUCGGGUUCCCGUACGUCCUGGGUCACGAGACAGGGUGGCCGUAUUUGGUCAGCGCCGUCAUCAUCCCGGUGGUGAUCGCCUGCGCCAUCCUCCCGUUCUGCCCAGAGAGUCCGCGGUACCUUUAUAUCGAGAAGAGCCGGGAGGCCGACGCCCAGAUGGCGCUUAUGUGGUUUCGCGGUGCCGGUUCGGUCAAGGACGAGCUGGAGGAGAUGCACACCGAGGCCGAGCACCUCAAGGGCACCCGCAACGUCACUCUCCUGGGGCUGUUCGUCGACCCCUUCCUCCGCAAGAUCUGCUGGCUGGUGGCCGUGCCCAUGCUGGCCCAUCAGUUCUGCGGGUUCUACUGCGUGACCUUCUACUCUACCUCCAUCUUCGACGAUGUCGGGUUGAAGCAGAUGGACGCCGUGUACGCCACCAUGGGCGUCUGGGUGGUGUACCUCAUCGCGCUGCUGACCUCCAUGGCGUUGGUGGACCGCCUGGGCCGCCGCACCCUCCUCCUCAUCAGCCACCUGGGGAUGAUCGUGGCGCUGGUGCUGUUCGUGGUGUUCGCCGUGACCCGCGAGCAGGGCGUGGAGUGGACCAAGUACGGGAGUGCCGCCUGUAUGCCGCUCUUCAUCGCCUCCUUCGCUACCGGGUCGGCGUCGGUGCCAUGGAUCCUCCCGGGAGAACUGUUCCCCCAGGAAGCACAUAAUUCAUCGGCUAGCCUGGUGGCCGCAGUGUCCUGGGCGGGAGCCAUUCUGACGACGCUGUUGUUCCCGCUGAUUGUGGUGGUGGCUAAGCAUUAUACGUUCCUCAUCUUUGCCGGGUUGGUGGCGCUGGCGACGGUGCAUAUUGUGAUUAAGCUGCCGGAAACUAAAGGAAAAACUAUUGAGGAGAUUCAAGCUUUAUUGCGCAGUGAACGGCAGACGCGAUAAUUUACGAAGACAAACAGCAAACUAUUAGACAAUUAUCCGUCACAAACAAAAAAUAUCUGAGUCAAAAGUACAGAUAGUCAUAAACUGGGUUUCGCCAUAGCUCUUUUGCAUAUAUGAAAUACUGUAGUUUUGUGGCUGUGUUACAUUUACUGGUGAUUUUUUCCGGAUGCUUCCGUACGGAAGUUUAUCACAGUUAUUAAAUUUGUUGCCGAUGUUAGAUAUCUUCUCGACGUUGCAACGUUAAUGAGCUACUUGAAAAUACAUUGUUUUAUCCAUGUAUCAAGGCAAGAAACCGGCAAUGUUAUUCAUCACAUUGAUAUUAUAUUCUGAUAAAAUGCCAACCGCGCAUAAUUAAACCGUAAUCC